GCAUGACUACAGGAUAGCAGUGCAGCAGACCCAGUUCACACGAACCUAAGUAGUGCACUUACUGUUAUAAGCGGGUUUGUCUGGUUAUCAUUUCUGUGUGACUGAUGUUCACCCGCGACUACUGUGUCUUUUCUUUGAUCAUGUCUCGGCUUGUUGAGCAGCUUCUUGGGAGGAGCAGUGGAUUUGAGGUGGGCCCUACUCACCGCCCUUGCACAAAGGGACUUUGGAUGUGGAGUGCGCCAAUCAAAGUGACAUCACCGACUGGUGAACCCUAUCAUAUGAUACUACUUGAUACGGAAGGAAUUGAUGCCACAGACCAGACAGGAACAUACAGCACUCAGAUUUUCUCACUGGGGGUCCUGCUCUCCAGUACGUUUGUGUACAAUCAGAUGGGUCCCAUCGAUGAAGCUGCUUUAGACAAGUUGUCGCUGAUCACGGAGAUGGUCAAGAACAUUAAAAUGAAAUCAUCAAGCCAAAGCAAGUCGUCAUCUGCGGCUGAGUUAUCACAGUUUGCCCCCUUUUUCUUGUGGUUGUUGAGGGAUUUUUACCUUGAACUGCAAGAAGAUGGACGAGAAAUCAGUCCAAAGGAUUACCUAGAACUCAGUCUACGGCCUGCUGCAGGCUCAGAUAGAGCAGUGGUAUCGAAGAAUGAGGUCCGGGAUUUAAUUCGAUCCUUGUUCCCAGAUAGAGACUGCUUCGCACUUGUGAGGCCCGUAACUGACGAACGCGAUCUCCAUCGGCUUAGCAGCAUCCCGAUGAACAAGUUAAGGCCAGAGUUUCUCACAGGGCUGAAGACUUUGACUGACCUUAUCUACAGUAAGACACGACCAAAGCAAAUGGAUGGCAUGAUGCUGACAGGCCCAGCACUUGCUGGAAUGGCUCAGUGCUUCAUCACUGCAAUCAAUGGUGGAGCUGUGCCUGUUAUCUCCACGUCAUGGGAGCAUGUGGCUGAGUCAGAAUGCAGGCGUGCAACAGAAAAGGCAACAGAAGCGUAUUGGGAUGCUCUGGAUCGCACGGUAGCUCCUGAGGAGGAUUUACUCAAUGCAGCUCAUAAGAAAGCUGCUGAAGUAGCACUAGCGGUCUUUGGAGAGGAGGCCGUUGGGGGCGGAACGAUCCGCUUGAAGUUCGAGCAUGGUUUGGUCAAUUCGCUGGCCAAGUUGUUUGAGGACUACAAGGCCAACUUGUACAAAGACAGUGAGAUCCGUUGCAGUAACAUUCUCGAUACUCUGCGAAAGGAACUGUCGGAGAGGUGCCGGGAUCCUAGUACUACAAUACAGGACUUCUUCGAGAUUCUUGAUGAGCUGCUUGUCAGAUAUGAGCAUGAAAUGUGUGGGCCAGGAAAGUGGCGGCAUUUAGUCAAGUUUAUGUAUCAAAGCGCCCGCCAAGGUGAUGAAGAUGGCUGCCACCAUAGUCAGGAUAAGGAGAUCAAGGAACUUCAGGGAAGAGGGAAGAAAUCUGCGAAAGAGACGUCCCAACUUGCUGAGAAGCUUAAGGAAAAGGACAUCUCACUAGCUGUUCUGGAUCAGGAGCUGAAGACUGUCAAAGCGGAGCUAAAACGAGUUAAUGAGGCAGCUGAUCAGGCCCAUUCUCGUGCAGCAAAUGCAGAAAGAGAGGUGAGAGACGCGAGGAUGGCAGAAGCUGCUGCGGUUAAGGAGAGGGACAGGGCGGUGGGACAGGCUGAGGUAGCUGCCAAAGCGCAAAAGGCUGCAGAGGAGCAAGUCAAACAUAUGACUCAGUUGGAGAAGGACUCGCGGGCAAUGGCGAUCUCGGCAAACAAGCAGAAAGAAGAAAUCCGAGUGGUUGAAGCUCGACUGAAAGCCGAACUGGCCGAGGCUCAGAGAUUGCUCGAAGCAAACAGGUCGUCUUUUGCAGAACGGGAAGCUGAACUGCAAGAGAACAUAACGAAGCAGCAGUCGGCUGUGAAGGCGCUUGAAGAUAAGCUAGCAAGGGAGAGGGGAGGGAAAUCAGACGCGAUGCGCUCGGUCGAGGCACGGGAGGCAGAGCUGAGUCAGCUGAGGCAGGGUUAUGAUUCCCUGAGACAGAGUCAUGAAGGCUUGAGACAGAAGCUUGACAAGCAAAAGGAGAUAGAAAAUGAGCUGGAGAAGAAGGUGCAGGAGCUACAGAGGCAGGUGCUGUCUGAAUCUAGUCAAAUUGCCGCCACUGCGAAGGAGAGGGACACCGUGAAGUCGACUUUAGAGCAGACUACGCUAAGGCUGGACGAGGCAAGGAAAAGGGCGGAGAAAGCAGAGUCUUUGCUGAAGGAGAAGGAGAAGUUGCUGUGUGACGAGGAACAAGGCAAACUGAAAGCCAUCAGCGAAGUCCAAGAGCUGCUAGCCAUGGAGCAGCAUGAAAGGGUGAAUGCCGAGAAAAGAGAAGUGAGCGUAAGGGAAGAGCUGCAGAGGCUGCAGGAGAAGAUGGUUUUAGCAAAGGGCGAUCUUGAACGGAUAAAGAAAGAAAAGGAUAGUAUCGAGGCCAUGGUUCAAGAUAUGGAGCGUGCCAGGGGGGUCCAUGUGCAGGAGGCGGAUUCGAAGCACGCAGAGGCUGUCAAGCAGGCAAGCACUUGGAGGGAUAAGUUUGAAAAGCUGAAGGAGAAUAGCGACAUGGAAUUGAAGAAAGUGCGGCGUUUGCUGGCCCAAACUGAGGAAGAGAAGAGGAACGCCAACGAGAGGCUGGAGGAUGCAAUGUUGCAUGCUAAUCGACAGAUAGAGGAAGCAUCACGAAUGGCAUUCGAAAAAACGAGAGAGGUUGAAGCAAUUAAAGCGGAGUUGCACACACUCAAAGAAGAACUCGCUGGAGCAAAACAGAAAGAGAUGACGAGGGCGGAGGAUUUGGCAAGACAGCUUAGCAUGAGGGAAAGGGAAAUGCAGAGGCUGGAACAGCAGCUCCUUGAUGCCAGGAGACGGGAAGAAGAGCUUGACGGGCAGUUAAAAGCAUACACAGUAGGAGAAUCCGUUGGCGCUCCUGGCAGGUUGAAGCGCAGGAGGGUCGCAGAGGCUAUGGACGUCGACGAGACUGUUAUUGAAGUGGAGCAGGUGGCGCAACAGAACGGAGAUGAUCUGUUUUCUAUCAGAAAGCGAGACAGCACUGCCGAUAUGGCAGAGGGAAGCUCGGGAAGAGAGCUAGUGGAGGCGACGCCACAGCCAGAGCAUGGCGUGGUGGUGGCUUCGCAGCAGGCAAAAGACUAUGAGAAGUGGACUAUGACAAAGCUGAAACAGGAGAUCACUCGAAACGAUUUCGGCCACGAGCUUCUCAAACUAGGGCGGCCGACAAAGAAGGACCUACUUGCACUGUACGAGCGCUGCGUUGUUCGUCCAAAGGAAGAAGAGUCUGGGUGAUUCGGCCUGCGUCUCGAACCUUUGGUUGGUUCGUCUUCAAACUGCUUUGGAUUCAAAAUUCAAAUGGAUCGUCCUCAGUGGAGCUUUCCUACACGUUUUCAAUUACUUGAUGUCCCGAAGGACAGGUUAACAUUUUGUAUUCGCUUCACAAAGUAAAUACUGGGGGUCCAG